AAUCCGGUGCCGGCCGCUGCAGUCGUCCGGGUCGGGAACCUGGCGGUCCGCGCCCGCUCCUGGGGAGGAGCCGCCGCCGGCUGGGCACCAUGAACAGCAGCAGCUCCCACAUCACCUACGCCAGUCGCAAGCGGCGGAAGCCGGUGCAGAAAACUGUGAAGCCAAUCCCAGCCGAAGGAAUCAAGUCAAAUCCUUCCAAGCGACAUAGAGAUCGACUUAACACAGAGUUGGACCGUUUGGCUAGCCUGCUGCCUUUUCCACAAGAUGUUAUUAAUAAGCUGGACAAACUUUCAGUUCUCAGGCUCAGUGUUAGUUACUUAAGAGCCAAGAGCUUCUUUGAUGUUGCAUUACAGCCCUCCCCAGCUGACAGAAAUGGGGUCCAGGAAAACUGUAGAACAAAAUUCAGAGAAGGCCUGCAUCUGCAAGAAGGAGAAUUCUUAUUACAGGCUCUGAAUGGCUUUGUGCUGGUUGUCACUACAGAUGCCUUGGUCUUUUAUGCUUCUUCCACUAUACAAGAUUACCUAGGGUUCCAGCAGUCUGAUGUCAUACAUCAGAGUGUGUAUGAACUUAUUCACACUGAAGACCGACCUGAAUUUCAGCGUCAGCUGCACUGGACAUUAAACCCUCCACAGUGUACAGACUCUGGACAAAGAACUGACGAAGCAAAUGGCUUCCCCCAGCCAGCAGUCUGUUAUAACCCUGACCAGCUUCCUCCAGAAAACUCUUCAUUUAUGGAGAGGAGCUUCGUGUGCCGACUAAGGUGUCUCCUGGAUAACUCAUCUGGUUUUCUGGCAAUGAGUUUCCAGGGGAGGUUAAAGUAUCUUCACGGACAAAACAAGAAAGGAAAGGAUGGGUCAAUACUUCCACCUCAGUUGGCUUUGUUUGCAAUAGCUACUCCACUUCAGCCACCUUCCAUACUGGAAAUUCGAACCAAAAACUUCAUCUUUAGAACCAAACACAAAUUGGACUUUACACCUACCGGUUGUGAUGCCAAAGGAAAACUUGUUUUAGGCUAUACUGAAGCAGAAUUGUGCAUGAGAGGAUCAGGAUAUCAAUUUGUUCACGCGGGUGACAUGCUUUAUUGUGCAGAGUACCAUAUCCGGAUGAUUAAGACUGGAGAAAGUGGCAUGAUAGUAUUCAGACUUCUGACCAAAGACAAUCGAUGGACUUGGGUUCAGUCUAAUGCGCGCUUAGUGUAUAAAAAUGGAAGACCAGAUUAUAUCAUUGCAACUCAGAGGCCUCUGACAGAUGAAGAAGGAACAGAGCAUUUACGAAAACGAAAUACAAAGUUGCCUUUUAUGUUUACUUCUGGAGAAGCUGUGUUAUACCAGAUAAACAACCCUUUUCCUCCCAUGAUGGAUCCCUUACCAAUAAGGACUAAAAAUGGUGCUAGUGGUAGAGAGUCUGCUACCAAAUCAACUCUAAAUAAGGAUUCUGUCCAUCCCAGUUCCCUCCUGGGUGCUAUGAUGCAACAAGAUGAAUCUAUCUAUCUCUAUCCUGCUUCCAAUAAUACAACUUUUGAAAGAAAUCUUUUUAAUGAAUCUAUGAUUGAAUGCAGUAAUUGGCAAGACAGUGUUGCACCAAUGGGAAGGAAUAGUAUCCUGAAACAUGAGCAAAUAGGUCAGUCUCAGGAAAUGAAUCCAGCAAUCUCUGGAGGUCAAUCAGGGCUCUUUGCAGACAACAGAAAUAGUGACUUGUACAGCAUUAUGAAACACCUGGGCAUUGACUUUGAAGAUAUCAAAGACAUGCAACAGAAUGAAGAAUUUUUCAGAACUGACUUUUCUGGUGAGGACGACUUCAGAGAUAUUGACCUCACAGAUGAAAUCCUGACCUACGUCCAAGAUUCUUUAAGCAAGCCUGCCUUCCCGUGUUCCGGGUACCAGCAGCAACAGCCCCUGGCUGGGCACUCCAGUUGUAUGGUACAGGAGCAGCUGCAGCACCAUCAAAACCUGGUAGCCUCGGAGCAGCAGCAGCAACUGUGUCAGAAGAUGCAGCAUAUGCAAGUUAAUGGCCUGUUUGCAAACUGGAGCUCUAACCAGUCUGUGCCUUUUAGUUGUCCGCAGCAAGAGCUACAGCACUAUAAUGUCCUUUCGGACUUACCUGGGACCAGUCAAGAGUGUCCCUACAAAUCGGAGAUGGAUGCUAUGCCUUACACACACAGCUUUGUCCCCUGUAAUCAGCCCGCACUACCCCAACAUUCCCAGGGGGCACAGUUAGACUUUCCCAUCGGGAAUUUAGAACCAUCCUCAUACCCUACUACUUCAAAUUUAGAAGAUUUUUUCACGUGUUUACAAGCUCCUGAUAACCAAACACAUGGACUUACUCCAGAGUCAACCAUGGUAACUCCUCAGACUUGUUAUGCCGGGGCUGUGUCCCUGUACCAGUGCCAGCCAGAGGUUCCGCACGGCCACAUGCCACAGAUGCAGUACAGCCCGACAAUGCCGGAGCCGCAGGCAUUUUUAAACCAGUUUCAGAAUGGAGAAAUUUUAAACGAAACCUAUCCAGCUGAAUUAAGUAAUAUAAACAACACUCAGACUCCCACACACCUUCAGCCCCUUCAUCACACAUCAGAAGCCAGACCUUUCCCUGACUUGACGUCCGGUGGAUUCCUGUAAGGCCAAGCCCAUUUUUACCUUAGGUUUUGGCUUAAUUUAUGGAAGGUUACAGAAUAAUGGAACUGUCAGUGUUGGACAUCAGCACCUAUACAUGGAGGCAUUGAUGUAUGCUGUUCGCACUAGUAUUCCAAACCAAAUGGUAGUCUUUUUAAGAGCUAAAAAAAUUACCAAAACUACAUAUACUAUAGUCAUUAAAAGAUAAUUAUGACUUUGUACUAUAGACAAAUGUUCUGAAUGCUAGAGAAUAUACAAAACUUAUUCGGGAGAACUUUAUGACACUUUUGAAUAAAAAUUUGUGUCAGAAAAAAAUGAAAUACUUUUGAGUUCUCAACUUCUAUAUUCUUAUUAGCACACCAAAUAUCGAAUUAAACUAUUUUAUUUUUAGCUUCUGCUUUUAUCUCAGAUGUUAAAGUAAGUGGUUUGGUGCUUUUAUAAAACAAUAAUCUCAGUGCUUUCCUCCUCCUUUGUUAUGUAAGUGCCUCACAAUUUUUUAUACCUAUAACACUGUAGGAUGUCUAUUUGAUAGCAGGUAUACUUUUUAAUUAAUAACAUUCUGCACAAAUAUUAUUUGUAUUUCCUAAAUUCAGUCAUUUUUAUCAAUCCAGGCAUGUUUUAACUGCACUACUCACCCACUUUCUUCAGAAAAAGGGCAAGUUAUGAUUGAAAAAGUAUUUAUUAUAUAACCUAGUUGCUUCUAGAUCUUAAAUGUUGCUAUGUGCCUUAUGUUGAAAAAUUUUGAAAGUAAAAUGUCUUUCCAAAUUAUUUUUUGAUCAUGAUAUAAAUAUUAAGACUGCAGCAUUAAAAUUCCAACAGUGUUUUCAGAAGAAAGAGAUAUAUUGCAAUUUACUUAAGUUUCCAUCAUGGUGGGUCAGUAUUGCAGAUGCAGAAAGAUCUGCUUGAAUGCAACCAUAUUUAUUAACUUGAAAUGAGGAGCAAGUAGCUUUAUUUCUAGCUCUUUACUCAUCAUUUCAAUGUGUAUAAAUUCUUUAAAAACUACUUUAGACCUAGAAUGAACUUUAAGGUAUAAUAUGUUGACUUUAUAAAUUUCACUUAUGAGUACAGUGAAACUAUUUGUUUUUCUCAUAUUUGAGGAGCUUAAAGAUUGAACGUAGCAAUGUUUGAUGCAAAGUUCUGAAUGACAUGAAUGGUGCAUAUAUAGUUUGUAAUGAACAAAAUUAAAUAUAAAACAUUUUCAAGCUGUCAUUUGCCAAUAGUCUAUAUCUUAUAUAUGCACGUAAUUUGAGUCUUACAUAUAUUCUUGUGUCUUUUCAAAAAAAUCAAAUAAUGAAUCCAAUUGCUUUUACUUUUGUAUUAAGACAACCAUGCCAUUCUCUUAACUUCAAACAAACAUUACGUUGUUUCAGGAUACAGUGACCUUUAUUAUUGGUAAGGCAAAUGAUCACCUUGCUAACUUUACUGUCCUCAGGUGACUUUUUAAAAAGACUCCUUUAUUUAAAUGUGACAUGUGAAGGGCACACACAUUUUUCAUGUAUUAUAUAAAAACCUUUUGGAAUCUUGAACCGAGGUGCAGUAAAAUACACUAUUUUUCACUUCUUCUUUUAGUAAAUUGAUGUAUAUCAAAGUGACUUCAGACAAAAUAUCUGUCAGUUCUAUGCACUUUCAGUUAAAACCCUGAAUCCAUAGAAUCAAUUUAAGGUAAAAAAAUUUGUCUAAAACAUUUCAUAAUGUUUUUCCAGCAUGAGGGAUCACUAAAGAUUUAGACCAGUGGUCUGGCUUACUAUUCCAUUUUUACAUUUAAGCCUUUCAUUAAGUCCUCACGGAACCAUUUUUUGGUAGUCUCUUCCACAUGCUAUUGGGUGAAUUAUUUAGUGGAAAAAUAGGCUUUUUAAAUUAUGAAUAGGAUGACAGGUAUACACUUAACAAAAUUAAAAAAUUUUAAAGCAAUAUUGUAUAUUUUUAUCUAUAUAAAAUAAACUGUAUCUAAGAAUAAUAAAAUCACAUUAAACCAUAUUUGUCUGUAUUGCUAAGUGCCAAACAAAGAAAGAAUGCUCUGUUUGCUGGUCUAAUGAGAGACUCAUUUUUUAGGUAAUAUGCACUUCUGAUUGUGUGGAUAUGUCUAAUUUGACUGACUUUUGCUAAGCCAAAUUGUUCUUCCAGUACUCGGUGAUUUUCCAGUGUUCCAUUGUAUUAGGAAGUUUCAUUCAUUACUCUGCACAGACUAGUGUUUUUCAGUAUUACUAAACUUUUGGUAGAUGUAUUCAUGGCUUUUCUCUUUUCUUCAGAAUGUUACUGCUUACCUAUGCCAUACAUACAG